AAACUACUUCAAAAAAAAUUGACUCAAUUUUACAGUCGCACAAAGAGAAGAUUAGCUGGAGAAGAUGGCAGCUCCCGCCCUCAACCACCGCAUUCCGCCGCGCCGGUUUCUCACACCACCGACGAAUCCGCCGGUAGCUUCAGUUACAACGGUAGUGUUUGAAUCGAAAAGACGGUUUCAUCCCCCACUCCCCUCUCUGUUAUCCAUCCACAACAACUUUCCCCCAAAAUUUAAUUUCAGCGUAGCUUCAUGCCUUGAUUCUUCUUCAUCUUCUUCGUCUACACCAAGAACUAGAUUGAAUCCAUCUACAAGGCUAUUCGUCAGUGGUCUCUCAUUCCGGACAACAGAGGAGGGUCUAAGAAACGCGUUCAAAAACUUUGGCGAGCUCGUUGAAGUGAAGUUGGUGAUGGAUAGGAUAGCCAAUCGGCCUCGGGGCUUUGCAUUCAUAAAAUACAAGACGGAGGAGGAAUCCAAGAAAGCUAUUGAAGGAAUGCAUGGGAAGUUUUUGGAUGGGCGUGUGAUCUUUGUUGAGACUGCAAAGUCUAGGGCUGAGCUUGGGCAAGAGACGACGAAGCAGCAGAACCCCAGGCAGAGGUGAAUUAUCUGAUCCCCGGUGCUGGGGCCGCGGCUCUAAUCAGAAUGUCGUAGCGCCUCAGCAGAAUACGGCACUCUCCACAUACGGUAACCUAAUCGGAACCCUGCUACUGUGCUGCUUGUGAUCGAGCCCUACAAUGAUGAGGUUCCAUGUUAUAUCUCUGCCUUCUUCAUGUUCUUCACAACCUUCUUUAAUUUCAUUAUUGGAUUGUAUUCAAAUGUUACUUAACUAACCAAUGUAUUCAAAACUAGUAUAGUAUAGGCUAGUAUGAGUGUAUUGGGCCACAAUAGGUAUCACACUCUUGAAAUACAAAAUAAUUUAAAAAUUGUACAUGUUAUUAUAUAAUAAUGAAAUGACAUUCGAGAUCAUUAACUCUA